AGCUUCUAACAAAACCAAACCCAAUACGUCUUCUCUGCGACGCCACUGUUCUCAAGAGAAACCUCUGAUGGCCGCCGGCAUGAGAGGCUCCACCUCAACCGCCUCACCGCCAUCCUCUUCCCGCUCUUUCUUCUCAGGCUUCUACGCAUCCGCUCUCCGUAGGAAGAACCUUCUGCGCUCAGGCGAAGAGCACACCAACCAUGGCGAGGCCCUCGUUCGCGGCCUCGGCCUUUUCGAGCUUCUGCUGUUGGGGAUUGGGGCCUCCAUUGGAGCUGGGAUCUUCGUCGUCACUGGUACGGUUGCUCGCGACGCUGGGCCCGGUGUUGCCAUUAGUUUCAUUCUUGCUGGAGCAGCAUGUGUGCUGAAUGCCCUCUGUUAUGCUGAGCUUGCAUCACGGUUUCCUGCUGUAGUUGGCGGCGCAUAUUUAUAUUCGUAUACUGCAUUCAAUGAGAUUACAGCAUUUCUCGUCUUUGCACAGCUAAUGUUGGAUUACCAUAUUGGUGCUGCAAGCAUCGCACGCAGCCUUGCCAGCUACUGGAUAUCUCUUUUAGAGCUCUUUCCAUUUCUUAAAGGCAUUUUUCCUAGCUGGAUUGGGCAUGGAGGCUUUGAAGUUUUUGGCGGAAUUAUGUCCAUCAACAUCUUGGCUCCGAUACUUUUGCUUAUUUUAACAGUAAUUCUUUGUUGUGGAGUUAAAGAAUCAUCAGCAGUAAACUCAUAUAUGACUUCAUUAAAGGUGAUAAUUGUUGUAAUAGUCAUUCUUUCUGGUGCUUUUGAAGUGGAUGUGUCUAACUGGUCGCCAUUCGCUCCUAGUGGAUUUAAAGCAGUAGUCACCGGCGCCACUGUAGUUUUCUUCGCCUAUGUUGGAUUUGAUGCAGUAGCUAAUUCUGCUGAAGAAUCUAAGAGACCUCAGAGGGACUUGCCCAUCGGUAUCAUAGGAAGCCUCCUUGUGUGCGUGUUCCUUUAUGUUUUCGUCUGCUUGGUUUUAACUGGGAUGAUUCCAUAUAAAUUUCUCGAUGAAGAUGCUCCUCUGGCUCAAGCUUUCAAUGCUAAAGGCAUGCAAUAUGUUUCCAUUUUAAUCAGUGUUGGGGCUGUUGCAGGUCUUACUACAACUCUCCUUGUCGGUUUAUACGUGCAGUCUCGCUUAUAUCUUGGCCUGGGACGGGAUGGUCUGCUUCCUUCAAUUUUUGCCAAAGUACAUCCCACAAGACACACCCCUAUACAUUCUCAGAUAUGGGUUGGCUGUGUUGCGGGAAUUAUGGGAGGCCUGUUUAACGUGCACUCCCUUUCACACAUUCUUUCGGUUGGUUCACUGACUGGUUAUUCUGUUGUUUCAGCCUGUGUCGUUACACUUCGUUGGAAGGAUGUGGCUGCUGGCCAAGUCUCUUCGAGGCACAUUUCAUCUUGGCAUGAAGGGGUUGUUUGUCUUUUAGUUGUUGGUUGCUGUGGCUUCGCAGCUGGAUUUUGCUACCGCUUUAAUGGUUCGUUUGUGUUAUUGCUGAUAGCUGUAGUGAUUGCAGUCCUAGCAGGAGUAGCUCUUAAUUUUCGGCAAAUUUAUGAGAAUCCACCAGGCUUCGCUUGUCCUGGUGUGCCGGUCCUCCCAGUUGUGAGCAUCUUUGUCAACAUCUUCUUAUUUGCACAGCUGCAUGAAGAAGCAUGGAUCAGAUUCGUUGUCGUGAGCAUCAUCUCAAUCGCUAUUUAUGCCGUUUAUGGACAAUAUAAUGCUGAUCCUGCGGGUUCUGAACAAGCUAUAUUCUACCAUAGGGCUUCAGCUUCAGAUGAGUAGCAAUACCACAGAAUCACAAUCACGGAGUUGUUUGCAAAUUCCAAGAAAAAAUCCAAAUAACUUACACAAAAGAAUUGACAGGUUCUAUAGUGGGAAAGUAAAGUCCACAAUAAGUUGGGAACCAAAGCCGGAGAGGAAAUCUAUCAAUAACAUGGAAAAUUUGAUUAAGAAGAUUGGCCCACAUAUCAAAGUAAGAGAGCAAAAUCUCUUUAGUGCACGAUACAAACUAAGAAGAGAGGCAAAUGCGACAGAGUCGAGUACUAAUCUGAAGAAAAAUAUCUAUCAAAAGGUAAUUUACGGGAUAUUCAAGCAGUUGAUAUAUUAAGAUUUCUGUCGAACCGGAUAUGUAGAAGAUCAAUGGAAGAAGUUAGAAAAGUUUGAGGUAAUGUCUAAAACAAUUUGUGCGAGCAAAACAGUAUGGAAUUCUGACAUUAGUCGAGUAGUUUGAAAGUAAACCUUGCAAAUGUACAAGCUUUGAUGAAGUUACACCUUGGCAUUUUAUUCGCAAAUUACAAAUCACUGAUCCAUUCAAGGCAAUAUGAUGGCAUGGCCAUAAAGUGCAAGAAUCAAAUAGAAAAAUGAAAGCACUAAAACCAUUGAAUCAUUAAAGUAAUGAUC